AUGGCCUACUAUUCUGUUUUGCCCGUGUUGUUGUUUUUAUGUUUGUCUGUUGGUUGUGUCCUUGCAGCAAAUUUAAUCAAAGAUGGUGAUGUAAAACAGCCAUCAAAAACAUUUACGAAACCUCGAUAUAUGUAUUUUAAUGAAGCCUAUAAUCCCGACUCUGCUGUAGCAAGUCUGUUGGCAGGAAUGUUUGUGAAAAGAAAUGGAAUCGAAAGAUCGCCACACAUAGAUUUUAAACAUACGAAAAGAUUUCAAGGCCAACAAAUGGAUUCCCAUAAGUUUACUCACAAACAGAAAGUUCAGUUUGGAUUAGAAUCAGAAAAUGAAAGUGAUCUUCAAAGAAGAAGAAGAAGAAAUUUCAUGACACAAGAUGGCGCACUUUGGCCAGAAGGCAUAGUUCCAUACGAUAUAGACUCAAGUCUAACCCCUGAUGCUUUGGAAGUUAUAUUUGCAGGAAUUAAUAUGAUCAGUGAUCUAACCUGUGUCCGAUUUGCCCGUCAAGGAACUGCAACUGCUAAGAACGUCUUGCAUGGAAACUGGGUCAGAUUUUUCAGUGGGAAAGGAUGUUGGUCUUAUGUCGGAAUGGUGGGAUGGGGUCGACAGGAUAUAAGCUUACAAGACCCAGGCUGUAUAAACGUUGCUACAGCUAUUCAUGAAAUGUGUCACGCUAUUGGAAUGUGGCAUGAACAGAAUAGAAGAGAUAGGGACCACUAUAUCCAACUUUAUGGAGACAACAUUCAAAAUGGCGGACUUCAGAACAUUAAUUUUGCAGCCAUGACAACUAGAAUGCUUUAUCCAUACGACAUAUCCUCUGUGCUUCAGUACAGUUUGAAUUCCUUUGCCAUUGACAGAAGUAAACCAACGAUACGUUCAAAGGACCCGAGACUGGCCUUCUUAGCGGGGAAAGCCCAAGGUCUUAUGUAUUACGAUGCGCGAGAAAUAACCACAGCCUAUCAAUGCACAAAGGAUUGUAACAACCCACCUUCAUGUGAAAAUGGCGGGUAUGUAAACCAUGCCUGUCAUUGCCAUUGUCCUUCACCUUUAACCGGAAGUAAUUGUUCGUCUGUAAAGUCAAGUCAAGGUUGUGGAGGUGUGAUAAAUUUAGAAGCAGACGGAGAACGUACGAUAACGUCAUCCAAUUAUCCCAACAAUUAUAGAGUGGGAGAGGUGUGCGUCUGGCUAGUGAAGGCACCUUCUGACCGCCACAUACAGCUGACAAUAGACUUCAUGGACGUCUCCGACAACGGUUAUGACACUUGUUACCAUUGGCUGGAAAUUCGUUAUAACCUCAUGGGACAAGAUGGGCCAGAACUUUGUGGUCUGCGAAAAGCAGAGAGAAUCUACACAACAGCUGAUGAAUUAAAGAAUGUUAUGAUUCUGAGAUUCAAUACAGCUGUCUCUAGCGACAGACCAUCAUCUCAAGGCUUCCACCUUACUCUCAAAAGCGUUGGAGUAAGUUGUGUUGAUCACCCAUGUGUCUUCGGGAAAUGUAUAGACACCCAUACAUCUUACUGGUGUGAUUGUCAGAAUGGGUUCAGUGGAACCAAUUGUGAUCAAAUUGUUAACGGAAAUAUGAAUUUCAUUGCUAACUUCGACGACCGCGGAAUGAUAAUUUUACAAAAUGAAGCCACAGAUACUUUUGACUGGAGCCUUAACUCGGACGGAACACCUACAUCAAAUACUGGACCAAGCUAUGCACACUCGGGGAAAUAUUACAUGUAUAUAGAGUCAUCUUCGCCCCGGGCCCCGGGCGAUACUGCUAUUCUAAGUACAGGAUUUGUCAGGUUUGCAACAGCACAGGAGAGAUGCCUAAAAUUCUUUUACCAUAUGUAUGGAUCGACAGUUGGUUCCUUAAAAGUUUUCUACAAAGGAAUAAAUAUUUCUAAAACAGUGGCAUUCAGUCGUUCUGGUAACCAAGGAAACAAUUGGAUUAAGGCCAAAAUCGAUAUUCCUGCAGUACAAAAUCUUCAGAUUGGUUUCGAGGGCAUGAGGGGAUCGGGGUACAGAGGAGAUAUUGCCAUUGAUUCAAUAGAACUCCUUAGUCAUAGCUGUUCUUCAACUACUACUACAACUACUACCAUGGAACCUACAACGGUCACAACUGUUGGAGUCACAACGACAACAAAUGAAAGCACGCCUACAAAUAACACUACAUCUCCAAAAAAUGUUCAAGCUGUGCUAUAUGAUACCACAUCCGAGAGUUAUGAAGAGACCACGCCUACCAUCAUUAAUGAUUUAAGUACAGGUCUCUACUCGUACUUAAACACUACCACGUAUAAAACUACGACGACAGGGAUACCAAUACCUCCCAUUGUUCAAUGUGGAUUCGAAAAUGGAAACAGUUGUUUUAUGGAAAACAUGGUUCAAAAUUCAAAUCCGCUUGGUGGAGAAGUUCAGAUUAAUGCUGAUUUACAGAAGGAUGACUUUGACUGGACCAUUGGCCAUGUGGGUCCAACUUCAUCUUCUGAAACAGGUCCGUCCGCUGCCUACAGUGGUUCCCGAUACGCUUUUAUCGAAGCAUCUAAUCCGAGAAUACAGGGCGAUAGAGCAAUUUUGAAAACAAAUAUUAAAUUUAGAGAAACAAUGCAGUGCCUCGGCUUCUCCUAUCAUAUGUAUGGAACUGGAAAAGGGAUGGGAACACUAAGUGUCUUUUAUACUGGAAGUAAUGGGACGCUCAGCAAGAUAUUCAAACAAACAGGAAAUCAAGGAGAUGCAUGGAAGAGAACAGCUAUACAAAUUGCACCAACAAGUGGACUUCAGAUUUACUUUGAGGGCAUCUGCGGGUCGAGUUACAGGAGUGACAUAGCUAUUGAUGACGUCAUCGUUAGCGAGGGAAUAUGUGGAUGUGCUAUAGAGCCGUGCAGACAUGGUGGAACAUGUAUCCCAGGAGGCACAUCCGGGUACACGUGCACCUGCGAAGGGGGAUAUGGCGGACAUAACUGUGAAUUAUUAGUCCAUUCGGUCACCUGCACAUUUAACGAUGGGAUGUGCUCCUUUCUGAAACAAUCAACAGACGAUGGUGCAGACUGGGUUUUCGGACGAUCAACUCAUAGCAUUCACACCGGACCCCAGUUUCCAUUGGAUGGAGUUUUUGCUUAUACGGAAUCCUCAUUCAAACGUAGAGGAACAACUUACAUACUGACAACUGCAGGGACUCAGUUAGCUAACCAGAACUGGUGUCUGUCUUUCUAUUACAACAUGUAUGGAAGCAAUAUGGGGGCCUUAGUUAUAAGGGCUGGCUCAUCUGGGGACACAUUACCGUACAAGGUGUAUUUGUAUGGCAAUAGAGGUUUACAGUGGUUUUUACAAAAAGUGACCAUCCCACCCUCUCCAAGACUAGUGAUUGAAGUUUUGGUGAUCAGGGGCCUGGGAUAUCGAAGUGACAUUGCUAUAGAUAAUGUCUCACUCGCUCCAGGAGUGUGUUAACCUUGACAAACAAAAUAAUGCAGAAAGGUAUACAAUGUGUAACU